UCGCCGGUCCGACGUAACCAGACGUGAUCCUUUCGGUCGCGUGAGACAGAUCCGUCGUGCCAGUUGGUUCGAGUCGACGCUCCUGGAUCCUGCGAAAUGGCGCCAACCGGCGAAGCCUGCCAACGGAACAACGUCCUGCUGUUCCGCGCGGCCCUAUCGAACGGCAUGAAGAGUACCGCCGAAUCGGUGAGCGAAUCGGCAUUUCUCGAUACUUUCACGAUACUGAAGAGGAGACCUGGAGUUACACGGAAACUGUAUAAAAUCCUGGUUCAGUCGCUGCAGGAAUGCAUGGAAGCAGACUUGAAAGAGAUUUUCUCUGAAGAAAAUCUUAUAAACGCCUUAGCGAAGGUCAAUGGCCUUUCCGAAGAGGCUAUCGUACCUCCGGAUCGCAGUGCUUGGAGACCUCCGGGCAAUGUAGAAGAGCAUUUAAGAUCUCUGGAUGCUGCUAGAAUUAAAGAGGAAUGUGUGUCAUUGGAGAAGCGAUUGAAUGACAUGGAAGCAGAGAAUGAAGUCUUAAUGAACGAUGUCACCGAAAGGAGAUCGAAGCUACAAGCGCUUGAUGAGAAAAUGACACUUACGUUAAGCAAAAAUGCUAUUGCACUGCCUCGAAUGCUGAAGAGCAUUGCUGAUUUAGAAGAGUGUAUGAAUAUCAUCGAAAGUUAAUAUUUCAUGUGCCGUUACAUUAUUUUAAUACUCUAAUCUUUCGCAAUUUUAAUAUUAAUCGGUUAUUUCCAAAUGAAAUGAAACGGGGCAUAUUGUACCUGACAUAUCUUAAGUUUUAAUGUAAUUAUGUGAAGCAAAAGUACUUUAGUCAUUUCUUAGAGAAUUUGAUAUAGUACUAUGAUAAUUUUGUAUUCACAGUAUGUAGGAAAUUUUAAGCAAUGGAGCUCCAAAACCUGAAAAUAGUUACGAGACAAACGGUAGCACACUAUGUAUCCGUUUUAAUUCCUGUAAAGGUCAAUUUCUAUCGUCUACAUUGCCAUUGUUCCAAUUGCUUUCGCAUUUCUCGGACAGCUGCGUCAUUUUUUUCCUGAGAUAAAACAUGAUCUAAUAAUAUGAAAUACACCAAACGCUGAUGAUGAUUGCCAAGAAA